UUCGUUUGAGAACCGAACAUCACUAUUCCGUAGAUCUACUCCAUUGUCUGAACUAGGUAAACUUCAGUUAACCAUUAUUGGUGAAAUAGUGUGUUGGGCGUCCGUCUGUUGUGGUUUUUCCAGAAGUUUGAACUUGAAGAGGAGGAGAGGGUAGUAACGUCAUUAUCAAAGUUUGUGCGAGUCCUAACGUUAGCCGUCUUUGAUUACUGUUUAUUUGAAGGACCGAUAUUUAUUUACCGACUGCGAUCUGCACGAGAACAACCCACCAUUCGGGAACUUUGUAUCUCACACAAGGCCAGCUGCAAAUCUCAGAAUGAACUUUCUCCUGGAGACUCUUCGGUUGAUAGUGUUAACCAUAUACUAUCACAUUGAAGCCUUCAUAAAAGUAAUCGUUCCUCAGAGAAAGAAAGAUGUGUCUGGGGAGAUUGUGCUCAUUACUGGGGCAGGUAGUGGUAUUGGCAGGCUGAUGGCUCUCGAGUUUGCCCUACUGGACGUCUCACUGGUGCUUUGGGACAUUAAUGUGGAUGGUUUGAAGGAAACUGCAAAGCAGGUUAAAGAAAAAGGAGCAUCGAGGGUACAUUACUACCACUGCGACUGCAGUGAUAGAGAAGUGGUCUACCGAGUGGCAGAUCAGGUAAAAAGUGAAAUUGGCGAUGUCACCAUACUUAUAAACAAUGCUGGCAUUGUCAGUGGUAAGAGGUUCAUGGACACUCCUGACGCACUUGUUGAGAAGACACUCAGAGUUAAUGCAAUGUCUCACUUUUGGACAUAUAAAGCAUUUCUGCCUGCCAUGACAGAUAAGAACCAUGGACAUCUGGUCAGCGUUGCUAGUUCUGCAGGCUUGAUAGGUGUCAAUGGACUGGCAGAUUAUUGUGCAAGCAAGUUUGCUGCUGUGGGUUUUGCAGAGUCUGUGGCGCUUGAGAUGAUAGCUGCGGGAAAGGAAGGAAUCAAAACCACAAUUGUUUGCCCAUACUUCAUCAACACAGGCAUGUUUGCUGGUUGUGGGACAAAGUGGCCUCGACUGAUGCCCAUAUUGGAGCCAGACUAUGUUGCUAAGAGGAUUGUCAAUGCAAUUCUAAAAGACCAAGUUUAUGUUUUGCUUCCAAGGUCCUUAUACUUUUUAAUGGCUUUAAAAGGGUAAGUUAACUCCUUGAGUUUUUUUAUGCUCAUCUCAAACCUCUUUGGGUAGAAAAUGGCAUCUCUUGAUAGGAAUGUUUAAUUUGUCUGAAAAAUGUUUAAUCUGUAAAAAUCUUUCAUAUUUUAAAUAUUUUAUAAAUACAUUUAGGGCUGCAUGAUUCAAGGAAGAAAUCUAAUUGUGAUUUAAAAUACAAAAAAAAAAAAUUCACUUCAGUGGGGAACUGCAAGUUACAAAACGUCUCUGGCUAUUCAGUGUAACCAUGGUUCCCUGUGAGGAGGGCACAGGACAUUGCGUAAUAGUCGCUAUGUGGGAAACUCAUUUUCUAUGAAAUGCUGAAGCAUGAUUGAAUUGUGCUAUUGCAAUAACCAAUUAUGUUUGAGCACUCGAGUGGUGGGUGGGGUGGGCACCCCCACUAUAUAGCUCAACUGCAAGCACCAUUAAACUUAGACUGAGCGAGAGAUGCUCAUUAAUUCUAAAGAUUUUAAACAGCAACCUAUGCAAUGCCUCAUUACCUCUUUUCAGGGAACCAUGGUUACAUUCCCUUUUUAGUAGUUCCCUCAACAUUAUUUACUUUGGGGGAAGUUGUGGCCUAAUGGUUAGAGGGUUGGACUCCCAAUCGAAGGGUUGUGGGUUCUAGUCUCGGGCUGGA